AUGACUCGCCGAUGCCACAACGACCCCACCUCUUUUAUCAACUUUCUGGACACCACAGGUACCUCAAGACGACACCGUACCCGGAGAGCCCGCGCUAGGGAAGCCUCAAGAGAGCGAGCCGAGGAAAGCGCGUACCUCACCGAGCUUUCUAUUGCUCAACAGCUCGGCCAUAUUGCUAGACCCACCAUCCAGCAACCACACGAAAGACCCUUCAAUGAUCAGGAAGCCCACUUCGAGCCCCAGAUUGGAAGCUACCAGGACCCAGAAAUCGACGGGAACCAAGAAAUCCUGCCGAGCGCUGCACACGCUGCAUACUUCCGAAGCCGACGUUACGCUGAACAUCGUGAACGGAUGAGUCAACGGUGGAGUGAACUUGAGGAGAUGGCUGCUGCAGCCUUUUUUGAGUGUCAAAAAACUUACUCCAACUGGACCACCCUUCCCAGCGAGCUCAACAAAGCAGCGGUCCGAUUCCUUGCAGGCUUUGAAGUAAUCAAUCAUCCGACAGAUCCUUCAGCAAGCAGUUCGAAUCAAAACAACUCAGUUCCUCCUACCACCCCAGAGGGUGACAUCAAUCCACGCAACGAACCUUCUCCCAGUGGCAGAGUUACCGCGGAAUCACAAGAAUCCAAUGGACUGGCUGAAAGAAAUGAUCUAGAAGACCAAUCUGACGAAGAUGCUGAAGGAGAGGAGGAUACAUACCUUGAAGACAUGGAGGGUAUUCUGGCGGAGACCAUGCAGGCUGACCUUGAGCAAGAACAUGGACGUGCCACCAGCCAGGCCCUCCGCAAACCACAGGUUACAUGUUGCGUGAAAUCCGUGUACCCAUCCAACUCAGCUGCUCCCAGCGCCCGUGGCCACGUCAGCACCCGCAACACUCCGAGCUCAGCGAACCAGGGACCGCACACAUCCGACAUCGAUCGUCAAGAGCCCCUUGUCCCCCACUACCCUGAUCGUUCGCACGGGUUAAGUCUGACGACCAUCAGGGUACAAGAGGGACUCGUGUGGUUCUUUUCGUCCGCCUUCGACCAAACCGUCUCCGCCAACCAGAAAUCCAACAGGGUCUUGUCGCGAACCGCCUACAGAACAACCGGCCCGAUUGAGUCUGACUCGAGCAGCUGCAGCAGGCUAUAA